GCCGCCGCAGCGGGAGCGACCGAGCGGGCGGGGGGCGCCCGCGGGCCGCCGGCGAUGGCGAACCAGCUGGUGAUCCUGAACGUCUACGACAUGUAUUGGAUGAAUGAAUAUACUUCCUCCCUUGGAAUUGGAGUGUUUCAUUCAGGUAUAGAGGUGUAUGGCCGAGAAUUUGCCUAUGGUGGUCAUCCAUACCCUUUUUCUGGAAUAUUUGAGAUUUCACCAGGAAAUGCUUCUGAGCUAGGAGAAACAUUUAAAUUUAAAGAGGCUGUGGUUCUAGGCAGUACUGACUUUAUGGAAGAUGAUAUAGAAAAAAUAGUAGAAGAGCUUGGAAAGGAAUUCAAAGGAAAUGCUUAUCACCUAAUGCACAAAAACUGCAAUCACUUUUCUUCAGCUUUAUCUGAGAUUCUCUGUGGAAAAGAGAUUCCACGAUGGGUGAAUCGCCUUGCCUACUUCAGCUCUUGUAUACCCUUCCUCCAGAGCUGCCUGCCAAAGGAGUGGCUAACUCCUGCAGCCCUCCAGUCUAGUGUUAGCCAGGAGCUACAUGAUGAGCUGGAGGAAGCUGAGGAUGCAGCAGCAUCAGCUUCCUUGGCAAGCUCGGCAUCUGGGUCUAGAACUGGACGCCACACCAAAUUAUAAGUCCUCCUCCAAAGUAGCAAAUGGUUUGAAAUACUUCAGUUUGAUCUCUUCAGCAAUUGACUUCCUGACAGAACAUGAGAGCCAACUCUAGAACAUUGUUUUUAUAUGCAAAAAAAAAAAGCUCUCAUCAACCCCUGUUUCAGCUCAGGAUUAUUUAUGUAGUGAAAGGAAUUGCUGGGAGAAAAGGGAAGGAUUUUGUGUGAAGCCACCCUUUUCAUUUUCACCUGUUUGGUAGACCUGAGUUAACUUAACAUCUUGCAUAAAGCAGAACUUAAAUCAUUUGUUUACAGUAUUGUGUACUGCUGUUUACAAGUCCUGUAAGGACUCCUGCUACCAUGGAAGAAGAAAGAAUUGGAGUUUGAUUUAACUGUUGGUAUAAAUCAAAAUCAGUGGUAUGAUGCCCUGGACGAACUUUCCCCUUUGUUUUCAAGACUUAAGGCAGGAGAAGAUUAAAUUGAGGAAUGCCAGAAACUGCUGAAUACUAUUUAUGUGAACAGGGUACUGUGCGCUUAAGUGGCUGAUGUAAACAGGUAAAUUCCAGGAUGUAGGGAGACUGGUUUGGUCUAAAAUCUGUUCCUAGAAGUAUGACCUCUACAUUAAUGAAACUGUGGAUUUUUGCACAUAUGAAGGGAAAUUUCUAUCUCAUUGCAAUGCACAUCAAUCAAUUUUUUUUUUCAAUUCAUCCUGUCUUGUGUCUUUACUUGCAGCUUACUUCAGGAUUUAAACAUAUGAGUAUCAUCUUCUAGAAGCAUCAACAAAAUUUUCACUUCUUUGCUGUACUUGAUUUCAGACUUGUAUAUAUAAGUUAGUACUUGUAUUCCUUUCUUGUUUGUUUGAUAUAGUUUGGAGUUGUGUAAAACAAGCCAUUUAUGGUUGGGGAAUGGCCUUUGCUUCCUGCUGCUGAUUUUGCUUCAUUUGAGUUUGUAAACCUUUGUGUCCUUUUCUUUGAGCUACAAAUUACUGCCCAGUUGUGUUUAUCCGCACAAGUGAUAGAGAAAUCCUAAUUUAUUUUCCCACAGUCUCUAUCUGUGGCAUUAACUUUCUUAUCAGAUGUAAUGAAGAAAAACCUGAAAAUUGCUUAUGCACCUGCGUGUUUACACAGCAGAACCCACUAAUCUGCACACAUAAUUAUGUCUGAAGGUAAGAGAUAUUAUUUUCUAAAACACAGAAGUAUGUUUGCUGGUAGAUUAUAAUUAGAGCUAAAUUAUAAUUAGUGAUCAGAAUAUAUAAUGGAAUGCCUUAUUCUUGUUGAUUUAUGAAGAGAAUUAAUUGUUCUUCCAAUCAUUAGUGUAAAUUAGUGAGGUUCUAUUGUGCACCUAAGGCUACAGUAGCACAAACGUAAGGGAGCUGAGCUUGAGUAUUUUGUAAGACUUGCUGCCUUAAACUAACGAAAACCAUACCAUCCCUAAACUGAUCAGCUCACAAAGAAGUGUGCAUUACUAGAAAUACAAAUUAUGAGCUUUAUUUACUUUUGCUGGAUUUAGUUUUCCUGUUGAAUGAAAUACCAACUCUGCAGUUUCUGCUGUUUAAAAGCAAAAACAAAGUCCUCUUGGGAGGCAAAAUGCUUCAUGUUGUGAAUGCUCCUGGCCAUGGGUAGUGGUGCCAUUAAGCCCUAUGGGAAGGUGCAGUAGCUGUGUCAUAGUAAGAAUUCUUAUUGCCAGCUCCAACUUGUGUUAGAAGCAAGUGGAAGUUUUUCUGCUGCCACCUGGGUUGAAUCCUGCAUCAGACAGACUUUAGGUUUUCACUUAUCUUCUGUGAUGCAGUGUAGUACAGAGACAGAUAUGCUCAGUUCUGGAGGGGAAAAUCAAGUGAGACUCUUUCUGGAAAGAGCAAGAUAAUAGUAAAAGUCUCCAUAACUGUAUUUUGGUACGUGUUCUAAUAAUCUCUUCUACCAAGUGGGAAGCGCUUAAGACUGGUGAGUCUGCCGCUAACUUCAUUCUCUGUUUGAUCUCCAGAAGCUGGAUAUCUGACCCUCCCUGCUGAGCGCUUUCCACUCUGAAUUUGAGUUCUCCUUUCCUUCUUUUCCCUGUAGUGAAAGUGAGUAUGGUGGUCUCCAGUCAGCUCUCAAGCAUGACAGAACUGAAUCUCACACUGCUCACAGCUCAGACAACAGGCUGCAGACAGGUGAUUUUGUCUCUGCUGUGCAGCUGUGGUAGUCAUGUGACUAAGGCUCUUGGCCAGGGCAGGUCCUUUAAUUCAGCUCAGGGUUGAGGCCACUGAUCUAGCAACGUACUGUAGCUUUUCCUAGGCUUUAGGAAAAAAUAAAUAGAAUGACUUUUCAUUGCUACCUUUUAUGUACCAAAAUCAGCUUUUUAGGCUUCUGAUACAUCCAGAGCGCUAGGUCACAAAUCUCUACACCCUCAUUAACACACACAAUUACAGCAUGUACAAUGCAAGAACAUGACAGAUCACAGCACAGUUUUUAUUUAGAAGUAAAACUAAGACUAUUUUUUAUAAAGCAGACUGGAAAGUUUGUAACAAAAACAUUCAUUUUAUUGGUAGCUGUACAGGUGAAAAUACUGUCUUAUGCUCCAUAACGACUUUUUUUUUGUUUGUUUUGAAACCAUCCAUUUGUAAAUCCUGUGAGGAAACUGACACCUGAACCCUGAAGGUUGUUGGGUAUUGUAUCAAAGCGAGCAGUACUGUAACUUCAAUCGUGUGCUGUCAGCUCAGCCUCUGCUGGAUGCCUGCAACAAGUCACCCUGCCAGUGGUUACUCCAAUUGUUAGCAAUA